CUUGGGAAUGAACAUUAUGUACCAUUUUAAGGUUUGGCCUGAUAAUUUGAACCAGACAACCAGGACACUUACCUCACGAUUUAUUAGCAAUCAUGAAGAAGUUCAUAAUUUAUGUCUGUCAUGCUGCUAAAAUGUUAUCUAUAUAAGAUGAGAUAAAAUAGGAACAAUUUCAUUUUGGUGUAACCGUUUGGACAAAUCGAUUGAGAAGUAAAUUGUCUACUCUACUUCAGACAAUUAAGGAACAAAGAAAAUGGAGUUUCGUCUUUAUUGUUUUGCCUUGGUGUUUUUAGCAGUUACUAUAGCAUGUACAGAUGCCCUUGAUUGUUACACGUGUACCAAUGCUACCUACGUGUCCGAAUGCAAAUCUACAACAACCUGUAAUGCAGGAGAGAUUUGUUUCUCCGACCACAUUCAGACGCCCCACGGAAUGUUGUAUUCAUUUGGAUGCCGAGCAGAAGCGAAAUGUAGUUCGAUAAUACAAGACGGGAACAGCGCUGGUUCCGGAUCUAUUGUUGGUCGAUCAGCUUCGAUGGGAACUUGUUCAGAAUGUUGCAAGAACCAACACUGUAACAGACAGCUUUGUCAACACUCAUUUUCAGACAAAGAAUGCUCUGAUGGUACAGAAAUGAAUUGCAAAAGUGUUGGUAGCCUUGUUAACAUCUGUACUGACACCCAACAUGCCAAAACUGUUUGUGAGAGGUUUUGUGGAUUGUGUAGUUAUGCUGAUGGAUCUUGGUCAACGUGGUUGACAUGGUCGUCAUGUGAUGUUACAUGCGGAAAUGGUACUCAGACCCGGAUACGCAAAUGCACAGAACCCAGUCCUUCAGGUGGUGGCCACGACUGUGCAGGAAUGUCACAGGAGGCACAGACUUGUACCGAGGAAUCUUGUCCAGUACAUGGAGCAUGGGCAACUUGAAACACAUGGGGAAGCUACAGUGCCACAUGUGGUAUUGGUCUACAGAGGAGAGAUAGAUCAUGUUCAGCGCCAUAUCCAGGACCCAAUGGCAAUCAUUGUUUCGGGGACUCGAGAGACGACCAAAUAUGUUUAGCUAAUACCUGUCAUGAUGGUGAUUGGUCCUCUUGGCAAGCUUGGAGAACUUGCAGCAGAACGUGUGGAGAUGGUAUACGGUCUAGGUCAAGGUCAUGUGACAACCCGCUACCAUCUAUACAAGGAAAAUACUGCCAAGGGGAUUCUUAUCAAGUUGAAACGUGUAACAUGCAAUCAUGUCCAGUAACAAAUGGAGGAUGGGGAUCCUGGACAUCAUGGACAAGUUGUACCGCCAGCUGUAACGGAGGACUUCAAUCACGUCAACGUAAUUGUAACAACCCAAAACCUUCCGUUGGUGGAGAUUUAUGUAAUGGCAGUUCAUCUGAUGUACGCCUGUGUAACCAACAACAUUGUCCAAGAACAAAGGCAGCUUUCUUGGUUGGAUCUGCGACUAGACUGAGUAGUGGAACAGUACGAUUUUCUCACGUUCACCUAAACGAAGGUUCCGAAUACAACUCUUCCUCUGGCAUGUUUACAUGUUACAUUCCUGGAGUAUAUUCUUUUAUCGCAAAUAUAAUUGAAAGUGGUAGUGGUAAUAAUUACAUAACUUGUCACAUUAGAAAGAAUGGUUCUUCUUACGUCAAUAUGUAUUCCCGGCAGGGAAAAAUAGAUAGUAGUAAGUAUUCAACAGACGGCUGGGGAACAGCUACAGGAGCAGCUACAUUUCAUCUUGUGAAAGGAGAUCGUGUACACGUCUACUGUGACAGUAGCACUGGAACAGUCCUUCGCUACUCUUCAUUUAGUGGCUUUCUUGUUAGUGCUGAUCCUUGAUAUAAGAAAUAAUAAAUCUGUUCCUAUAUUUUAUCAGUUAAUAAAAUAUGGGCAGGAGUUUGGAUGCGUAAUAAUUAAAUCACGAGUGCGUAGCACGAGUGGUUUAAUUAUUCGCAUCCGAACGACUGCUCUUAUUUUAUUAACUGAUAAAAUUAUUGGAACAUAUUUAUUAUUCCGAUUCUAACAACGCAAAUAAUUUUUAUUUUACAGUAAGUACAUUUUCAGCGUAAUACGUCAUUCGGAUCAUAUGCAGUUACAAUUUACCCCUAUGGUUAGAAAGUGUUGCAUAGGCAGCGGAACGUAUAGAUAUUAGUUCCUUUUUAUUAGAAUUUUGAAAAGUAUUCAUAAACUAGUUAUCGAACAGCUCGCAAAUUAUAUAUGAAUAGAACAAUCGAAUUCGGUAACUUGACACUGUGUUACGAGUUACAAGCAUAACUUUUAUAUGACGUCACAUCAUUAUCUGCUAUUGAUGCACGUAAGAAUGUUUUGUUUAAAACAUAUUAAAAUAUCAAAAAUAUCAAUAAAGGCAAACGUUUUAUUAUCUCGCCCCAUUUGAGAAAAUAAGAGAAUACCAUUUAUAAGAAAAACAGAGGUGUAAAUGAUUAUUACCAGAAAAAGUUGUUUUUCUGUAAAAGUCUCAAUUUCAUUUGUAUAGUACCAGUAACACAUCUGCAUGAAAAAUACCAAGUUUCAGCUUGAUAAAUCAGUUUUCCAGGUUUUAUGGCAUUUUCAGUAACGCGGGUCCCUGCGCCAAUUUUCCUUCAAAACUGAUGUCGCGACAUAAUUUUAACCAGUUCUUCUAGCCAGAGCUGGUUUUUGCCCUAUUUCAUAAAUUUUCACCAUAAUUUGCAAGCAAAUUACACAUUAACACUUUGAAAUAUACCAAAUGUCCCCUCUGAAAGAUAUAGAUGGGCAUAAAUUAGAGUGCAAAUUUGCAUAUUUUUUUUUUUAAAUACCCCCAAAACAGUAAAAAUGUGAUUUUUUUGGUUUUUAUCAAUUUUUGCAGCAAAAUUUCAAUAAAAUGCUCAUUUUUAUCAAAAUCUGACUAAACUAGUUCAUUUAUAUCAAUAUCUGGACAAAUCUCAAUUUUUGCCCACAUUUUCUUAUAGAUCACAAUAGCCCAAAUAGUUUUCCCUAUAUAUUCUAUAUAAAACUGACCUUUUUCAAACAGCUACCAAACAUAGCUAGACCCAUUUCAGAGAACAAAUCCUUACCUCAUUUUAAAGAGUUAUGAUAAAACUGAUAUAAAAUGAAGAGAAAAGUAGGGGUCAUGUAUCUUCUAAGAGAGAUUUCUCGGGUCACAUUUACUUACUGUAAACUGACAUCAAAAUCACACUGCUGUGACCUGGAAGUACUACUCAUACUAAAACUGAGCUUGACUUCACCAAAUACAACCUGCUCUCCCAUUUUUCCUACCAAAAUGUCAACAAUACAUCCACAAUGAAAUUUAAACAAAAACUAGCCUCAAUUUAGACCUCUGUUGCCAUGCCAAGUGAAAAAUUAGUGUUCAAAUACCUGGCAGCCAUUACGCGACUAGAUGGCUCCCACGCUGGUUCCUUUAGUUUAGUUAGGCCUCAAACAAACGUUAAAUGUUCUUUUUAUACAGAGUAUACACCAAUGACGCUUUUUGUUAUCACAUUGUUACCACAAUUUCAUAACAUUUCUUCUAGUUUGUAAGUAGUAGUUAUAAUAGAGGAGAAAUACAAAUGAAAAUAAAAUUCUUCUUUAUUAUUAACAGAGAUAGAAACAAAACAUUAAUAACGUUGCAAAUUUGAGUAAACUGAGACAGAAUUUGACGGAUAUUCAUAACCAUUUUGAUCAUUUUUAGCUGAAAUUUUAUUAUUAUUAACUAAAUCUUUACCUCACACAAAAUACAAAACAAUGUGUGAUCUAUGGUGAGCUUGGUGUAACUCCCCUGGGUAAGUUAGAAGUAGAGUUUUAAGGUAGUUCUGCACGUGGAUCAAGAUUUUGUCUAUAAAUAUAACAUUUGAUAAAACCCUAUUUUUCAAAACGUAGAAAAUUCGGCAAGAUAAAAAUGCUAGCGCCUUGUGCUUGAUUUUGCCAGAAUUAUUUGAUAAGAACGGACCUAAUUCAAGAUUUUUACCGGACAGGGAAAUCAGUUUUAAUAAAAUUUCCAGUGAUAGAAGUUUUCCGUAUUCUUUUUUUCUUUUUCUUUUUUUUUUUCUUUCUUUUUUUUUUUUUAAUAUAAUAUGAUAUAUAAUUAGCUGAAAAAAAUUAUUAACAAUAUCCGCAUAUUUUUUUGCUGAUUUUAAAGCAUUGUUUGAAAUAAUUGUAAUUGCCGGCAUUUUAAAUAGAAUGUUUUAUCUUUUGAAAGAUUAUAACGUUGAGGUUCAAAUUAAAUAAACAACUGAUUUCAUCUCCUUAGCCAAGUCAAGGCUUUAUUCUUCGAUAUCCGGAUAAAUGGCGUUAUCGCAUUUUAGAGGUCAAAGUAACACUUAGCUUUUGUCUAUCACGCAACUUUGAAAUUGCUUGUGCUAUCCGUUUUAAUUUGGCUGUAUUGUUUGAAACAAUGAGGCGGCAUGUCAAAACGUAACGGGAUCAGCAUUGCGGCCCGUUGGACAUUAAAUAUUCUUGUUAUAUAUACCAUGAAUGUCUGACAUUGUAAAUAUUAUGUAUUGCUCGUUCAUGUAGCGAUUUAAAUAUUAAGUCAAUUAAAUUUUGUGUUUUGUUUCGGAAACAUUAUUUAAUAUAUUGCUGUAAUUGGGGUGAUGUAUACAAUAGUGAAAUAUAUUUGUGCAUAUCAUAUUAGGUGGUUAAACACCUGAUUGUGGAAGUCGGUGUAUGCCUGGAAGUAGAGAUUGAUUAUUCGUUUUCCGCGGCUACACUGAUUGCAAAAAUGUAAAAUGUAAAAUGAAAUCAUUUCAUUGCUUAAUUAAAACAUAUAA